CUGUGCGACCACUGGCUUCUAGUUGCUGUGAGGGAAGCGACGACUAUAUCGGUAAUAAUGCAGCUGAUUCAGAUCUUCCUGUUCACACUGCUGUGUGUUUGCGAAGGUGAGGACGUGGAUUUCAUGAAGCCAACAAUGAAUGUCUACACUGAGAUCCUGAAGCUCCAGGCUGUGGUUGAAGGACUGACCGAACAGCUCAAUGCUGUGAAGAGUGAGCUGACCGAGCAGAAGAGUUUGGUGCACAAUCUGAAGCAGCAGAUCGUUGAGAGUCCUAAAGUGGCCUUCACAGCUUCCAUGACCUCCACAGUGAACUCACACCGGGGGCCAUUCUCCUCUGAGACGAACCUGAUAUUUGAUAAAGUUCUCACCAACAUUGGAGACGCAUACAGCGGAACAACAGGUAUCUUCACAGCUCCUGUUAACGGAGUGUACUACUUCAGGUACUCCGGAAAUGCUUUUACCUCCCACGACAUGGGUCUGAGCAUCUUUAAAGGCAGUUCCCGAUUUGUAUCGUCAUAUGAGUACAAUUCAGGGGAGCAAAACGAUAAUGCGUCCAACGGAGCGGUCAUGCAACUGGAAGCUGGAGAACAGGUGCACAUGCGGCUCUGGAUUCGCUCCUGGGUCUUUGUGGAUUACCGUUACAACUAUUCCACCUUCACUGGGUUUCUGCUUUAUACCAUUUAACGACAGCGUGAACAGCGUGUUUCUGUCUUACCCUUUUCUGUUUGUGGUCUGUUUGUGGCUUUCAUGUGCUUGUAAUUCAUGUUUACCCGACCAUCUUCCAAACUCUCUUAGUCCCUUAGUAUUAAACAGCCUGUUUUUACUGUGUCUUUAAGACUGAUGCAUGCAAAUGAGCUCUGUUCUGGUUGGCUGCCUUGUGUUGUCGCUCAUUUGGGAAGCAGAACACACUGAACUAUUGGACCUGUUGUCAGAUCACGAGGUGAAUGUAUGUGACAUCAUGGCAGAUCCAGUUUUGUGACAUCACAAAAAACAAUACAUUCUAAAUUUAUGGCUUCAAUACCA